AUGAGCUGGCAAUCCGGCAGCAUCCGAAGCGGAGGUGGGGGCAAGAGCUUCAGCACCGUCUCUGCUGUGGUUCCAAGUAGCCACAGAGCCAGCUUCAGUUCGGUCGCCGUGUCAAGAAGCGGUGGAGGUUUUGGAAGGCUCGGCGCCGGAGGCAGCUUUGGCAGCAGGAGCCUCUAUAACCUAGGGGGCACUAAGAAAAUUUCCAUCGGUGGUGGGAGCAACCUCCGGAGUGGAUUCGGGGGCGGAGCUGGUGGAGGCUUCAGUCUUGGGGGAGGAGGUCAUGGUGGCGGAUCUAGCUUUGGCGGGGGAGCUGGCGGUGGUGGUGGGCUUGGUUUUGGUGGCGGGGGAGGCUUUGGUGGAGGUAGAAGUCCAGCAGGAUUUGGGGGUGGCAAUUCACCUGGCAUAGGUACCAUCCAAGAAGUGACCAUCAACCAAAGCCUCCUAGCGCCACUGAACCUGGAGAUUGACCCAAAUAUCCAACAGGUGCGAAAAGAGGAGAAGGAGCAGAUUAAGAGUCUCAACAACAGAUUUGCUUCUUUCAUUGACAAGGUCCGCUUCCUGGAGCAGCAGAACAAGGUGCUUGAGACCAAGUGGACCCUGUUGCAGGAUCAGGGUCAGAAAUCCAAUUCCAGCAAGAAUAACCUCGAGCCCCUCUUUGAGUCUUAUAUCAACAACCUGAGGAAGCAGCUCAACAACCUGUUAAAUGAAAGAGGGCGGCUGGAGGGCGAACUGAAGAACACGCAGGACCUUGUGGAGGAUUUUAAGAACAAAUACGAAGACGAAAUCAACAGGCGCACAGCCGCAGAGAAUGAGUUUGUGGUGCUCAAGAAGGAUGUCGACGCCGCCUAUAUGACCAAGAUAGAGCUGGAGGCCAAGGUGGAUGAGUUGAUGGAUGAGAUCAACUUCCUCAGAAUCCUCUACGAUGCGGAACUGGCCCAGCUGAAUGCCCAGGUGUCUGACACCUCCGUCAUCCUGUCCAUGGACAACAACCGAGACCUGGACCUCAGCAGCAUCGUGAAUGAAGUCAAAGCUCAGUACGAGGACAUUGCUAACAGGAGCCGAGCUGAGGCUGAGUCAUGGUAUCAGAACAAGUUCGAGGAGCUGCGAGCCACUGCUGGGAAACACGGCGAUGACCUGCGGAACACAAAGGGAGAAAUCUCAGAGCUCAACCGGCUGAUCCAGAGGUUACGGGCUGAGACUGAGAAUGCAAGGAGCCAGUGCACCAAUCUGCAGACGGCGAUCGCAGACUCCGAGCAGCAUGGUGAGCUGGCUCUUAAAGAUGCCAGGAUGAAGGUGGCUGAUCUGGAGGAUGCUCUCCAGAAGGCCAAGCAAGACAUGACGCGCCAGCUGCGGGAGUACCAGGAGCUGAUGAACGUCAAGCUGGCGCUGGAUAUCGAGAUCGCCACCUACAGGAAGCUACUGGAGGGAGAGGAGAGCAGGCUGAGCGGAGAGGGCGUCAUCCCCGUCAGCUACUCGGUGGUCAGCUCUAGUGCUGGAGUUGGUGGCGGAGCUGGUUUGGGAGGAGGAUCUGGCGGCUUUAGCUCAGCAGGAGGCGGAGGAGGAUUCAGCUAUGGAGCUGGAAGUGGUCUUGGUCUCGGAGGCGGAGGGUUCAGCUUUGGAAGCGGAGUCAGCUUCGGAGGGGGCAGUGGCCUUGGCUACGGAGGUGGCAGCGGGCUGAGUGCUGGAGGAGGAAAUUUCAGCACCGGAAGCGGGAUAGGCGCUGGGGUGGGAACCAGCGUGGGCGUGAAAAUUGUCUCCACAACCUCUUCCAGCAAAAAGACCAUAAAAAGUUAA